AUGGCUCAUCCAACUAUUCAUAACACGGCUCAAGAAAGAAUUGAGGCACAAGAGAAGAACAAACACUAUUAUGCAAAAGACGCAAUCUUACAAUGGUGGAGGAUGCAUGGUGUCCAGAAACGUGACAAGGAAGAAGAGGCGAUAACGAAAGAGAUAUUGAGAGCUGUGGCAAAAUUGCAUGGCUGUGACGACAAUGAGUCUGAAUCAGACACUGAUAAUUCGAGCGACGAUGACAUACUAUCCAAUCAGCCAGCAUGCUUACACGCUAUCAAAACCGCCAAGGACAACAUGCUCGUUUUGAUUGGUGCCGACCCCUGUGAGUUCGCCAAAGACAAGUUGGCCGAGUACGUCAAGAGCAUCCCAGACAAUUGCAGUGCUAAGGGUGAUAUUUGUUAUGCACUCAAAUAG